AUGUAUAUAUUUUCUCUUUUUGUCAUUUUGUUACUCACGGGUCCAGCAAGGGCUUGGAUUCCUGGACAAGAUAAAGAGAUUUACGCCGCUGAUGGUUCGAAUCUGUUCAAUAAUACGGCACUUGCAACAAAUGCAUCUUCCAAGAGAUGGCUGCCGAGUUCGGCAAAAAUCAGAGGUGUGAAUCUCGGGUCAAUGUUCGUCUUUGAGCCAUGGCUUGCGCAAACCGCAUGGACGAAUAUGGGAUGUGGAGGUUUGAACUCUGAAUUUGACUGCGUUUCUCACCUCGGACAAGCACAGGCAAAUUCCGUUUUUCAGGCUCAUUGGAGUUCUUGGAUUACUCAGAGUGAUAUUACUCAAAUGCAAAGUUAUGGCUUAAACACUAUUCGCAUUCCUGUUGGAUACUGGAUGAAAGAAGACCUCGUCUACAGUGAUAGCGAGCAUUUCCCACAGGGAGGACUUUCUUACCUGGAACAAGUCUGUGGUUGGGCUAGUGAUGCAGGUUUUUAUAUCAUUAUUGAUCUGCACGGAGCACCAGGAGCACAGGUUGCCAACAACUCUGAUACCGGACAGUUUGCGCCAAGCCCGGGAUUCUACGUUGACUACCAAUAUUCUCGAGCAGAAACCUUUCUGUCUUGGCUGACCAACCUAACUCACACCACAAACGCUUUUCGAAAUGUUGGGAUGAUUGAAAUCGUGAAUGAACCAGUCCAGAAUGCAGACACAGUUGCCACAAUGCGUUCAAGCUAUUAUCCUAAUGCUUAUGCAGCUAUCAGAUCCGCGGAAUCUGCUCUCGGUAUAACGGCAUCGAACGCUCUGCAUGUUCAAGUCAUGAAUGAACUCUGGGGAUCCGGAGACCCAAAACAAUAUCUCACCAAUCAAAAUUUCAUGGCAUAUGAUGACCAUCGGUAUCUCAAAUGGUCUAACAUCACAACUUCCAUGUCCGCCUAUCUAUCGGAUUCAUGUACCAAUAAUAGAGCUAGUGAUGGCGAUACACCCACGAUCGUAGGCGAGUGGAGCUUGAGUGUUCCAGAUGAUGUGCAAUGGACCUCAGCAUGGGAUCCCAGCACGCAGCAAUCAUUCUAUAGCCAGUGGUUUGCAGCACAGGUUUUGACAUACGAAAAGAACACCAAUGGAUGGAUAUUUUGGACAUGGAAAAGCCAGCUUGGAGAUUAUAGAUGGAGUUACCAAGAUGCCGUUGCGGCUGGGGUGAUACCUCAAAAUUUGUCAGGUGUGAACGCUUCAGCAUGUUCAGGCUAUUGACUUUCGUAAUGAUAAUUGCUGCAAUGUUGUGAGAAGAGAAAGCGAGAGGGGAAGUGGCUGUAUAUAGACCAUGGAGGAAGCUUUGAUUGAGCAUUACAUUACGUACAUUCCUUAC